AUGGCAAUUGGGAGUUUGAUAGCUGAGCAUUUGGAUGAAGGAGAGAAUGGAGUGGUCACUGAAAGUCUGCAUUCGGGAAAUACGAGUCUGAUUGCAGUGCAUUCGACGAUUGGUGAGUCUAUACGAUGCUCCGUGGUAGCGUCAGAUGGCCAGAAAUCUAGAAAAGUACCAGUGGAAAUUCUUCUAAAAGACAUCAACAAUAACUCUCCACAGAUUCUGAAUCAGAAUCUUGACGUCUACAUCCCAGACGACGUCACUCCUUCAGAAGUCAUCCACGUCAUUCAUUAA